AGGGCGCCCAGGUAUCGCGACUGGAGAAAGCAGACAUCUUGGAGAUGACGGUCAAGUACUUACGCCACGUCCAGAGCCAGAGCGUCAGAGCUGUGGUCAAACUAGAGCCAGAAGUGGCCGCCAAAUUCCAGGCAGGUUACACAGAGUGCGCCGCAGAGGUCAUCAGGUACAUGGACUCGGUCACCGGCGUGACGUCAGACGUGAGGUCAAGGUUGGAGAGCCACCUGGUUGAGAGACUUAGGGGGUCAGUGAGUGCACCAGCUGCCGCCGCUGCGCCCACCUCUGCUGGCGCUGCUGGUAUCACUGCUGCUGUUCCUAUGUCCCACUCUUCCAUGUCUGCAACACGCCAGCACAACCAGACCGUCAGACUGGCGCCGGUCUACGCAGGAGACGCCAUGAUGGGGAACGCGAUGACGUCACACCAUGCCGUGAAUCACAUGACAGGGGGAAGUGAUGAAUCCUCUACGCAUUACCAAACAGCUGUUGAUCUGGCCAAUAUGGCUGCCAUGGUCACAGCUAAAGACAUCAAUGCAGCUUCUUCAUCAUCGGUUCAACCAUUGAACGGUGGAAGCCAGUGUGUCAAACAAGAACGGACUUCCUCGACUUCGUGUACCUUUUCUAAAGCACAAUGCACAUCCCCCCAAAAACAGCAUCACGACCAGAUGACGACGUUCUCAGACCAACAGACAGACAGCUAUGGUUCGAGAUCCCAUAGUAUACCAUCUCCGGAAAAUGUCGGUUAUCAGGGGAUUCCGACUCCGGAAUCGGCUUACGACGACUACUCCCCGUCCCCAUCUCCUGUACACAACAAACGUCGACGUCACACAAGCACCAGCAGUACAGAGUCCUUGACCUUCAGAAGGUCACCAGAUUCCGAAGUCUUCACUGACUGCCGAGGUGGUCAAAAUGACAGGAACAAUAAUUACGUCAGUGAUCCCAAUAACAAUUAUCUCAGCCACAACUACAACAAUGACAACAAUAACAAUAAUAA